GCGCACACUACAGAUUUGUUCAUCUCUGAAGAUUUAACCUGAAGGCGCUUUGGUUCCUCUUUGGGAAUGGUUGUUUGAAAUUCCUUCCCGCAGAAAUUCGAUCCCGGAGCAAAGGCAAUCUUUUCGAGAUCGAGAACGUGGACUGCGUAGGAGAGGUCUUAAGCGUGAUUCAUACAAGCUGGUCAUCGAAGUACAGAACCGCCUUGCAGGAUGGCCGCUUCAGAGCUCCCGAGUUCAGGGAAUGUACCUCAUGGUCUCGGCCAGGUUCAGGGCCCAGCUGGCGCGACAACUGGAAUGCCAACGCCUGACAUUGAUUCGGAUCUGCAUUUGAUAUGGCCUGAGGAAGAGGAUGGCUUUGGCUGGGAUGAACAGGAGGACCAAGUGAUUGGCCGGGAGGAAGAGGAGGAACCGGCAGCAGGGGAGGAGGAUCAGGGCUCGAGCGCGUCCUUCUUGCCAUCAAUGCCGUUCAUCAACCUGGAGCGAGACGACGCAGAGACGGAUGCACCAGAUGAGGAGGAGGACGAGCCCAGCUAUAUGCACCAGCCUCCUACCCCUCUCCCUCUAUUCCAUCCUCCCCCGCCCCCUCUCUCCUUCCUCCCUUCCUCUUCCUUCCCCUCCCCCCCCCCCAUUGUCGCCCCUCCUACCUGUCUGCUUUCAUUGUCCGCGGGCCCUUCGUUGCCGGCUAUGGGCCUGUGUACCCUGCAGCGGGAGCCACCGGGAGGGGGGGAGGCGGCAACGGGGAAGGAGGAGGAGAGGGCCAUCCCGGCGUGGGAUAUCCAAUCACCGGGAUCAGGAAGGAGGCAUCAGGACGCGCGGGACCCUCUUGCGGCCCUUGCCUUUCUCAUGGCGCGUAGGGGAGAUGGAUGGAAUGCUGCGGCUUGCCUGACUGGUGGCGGUAGGGGCUUCGCGGUGGAGGAGAGGGCAUGGAAGGGAAAUCUGGUGUUCGAAUCUUCAAAGAUUUAG